UGUCCUCUCAGAGCAGCAUGUCGUAUCCACAGAGUCCCAAACAGAAAGGAGUCCAAAGAGAAGUUCUGAAGUGGCUGCAAAGCCUCGAGCUGUCGUUUUAUCCAAACAACGUGCGCAGGGAUUUUUCCAACGGUUACCUUGUGGCCGAGAUAUUCUCCUGUUAUUACCCCCGAGACUUUCCGGUGCAUUCAUACGAUAAAGGAACGUCUCUUUGUGUCAAACGGAGGAACUGGAGCCAGAUAGAGAGGUCUUUACAGAGGCAGAGUCUGCACCUGAUGAAAGAGGUCAUUGAUGGAACCAUCCACUGUAAACCAGGAGCCGCUGAGCUGCUGGUGCAACACAUUUAUACUAUUUUAACCCAGAGGAGCAUUAGAAAUGUCCAGAGCCCAGAGACUUCAGACUUCACUGACAGAGAGUACCAGGGUCUCCUGCCCACACUGGCCCGCUCCACAGCCUCGCAGGCCAUCAAGAACAACCUGAGGACGACGGAGAUCAUGGCUGAGCCCGACAUCACCACGAACCAGAGGAAGGCCGAGAGCAUCCUCCACAUGCAUCUGCAGCACAAAUCUGAGGAGAGGGCUCUCAACCCGGGCCGGUUUCAAGUCAAACCAAAUCUGGGUCACCUGGCAGCGAGGACUUCAGUCCCAGCCGGCCGCGGUGAUGUGCGCUCUGACAGCCGUUCAUCCAGAGACGUUACAUCAAAGUCGUGUUCCUCGUCAACUUGGACCGGAGCGGUCGUUUCCUUUAAGGAGAUAAAAGUGUGCCAGCCUGUCACACGCUCCCUUGUUCACUACUAAAGGAUUUUAUGCCCUGUGAUUAUAUUACGUGUGUGUGUGUGUGUGUGUGUGUGUGUGUGUGUGUGUGUGUGUGUGUGUUUUCCUGGGUGUGUUGACUAUAAGUAUAUUCACUUUGUUUUUAAAAAGAGAUGAUGAAACUGUUUUUUGUUUUUAUCAGGCUUAUGUAAUGCAUCCCCCCUCAGUGCAUCCAGCAACAUGUGUGAGCUCCGUAUCCACCACUAGAUGGCAGCAUAGAAUCACUAAAAAACACCUCUCCUGAUUGGCCUGUGAGAAAAUCCUCUGCUGUGUUGAACCAUUGAGAAGAAGAAGAAAUAAAAAAGGUGUAGCAGGAAAUAAAUGGCCGACUUUGGUGUUGAUCUUUUGAACUCUUCUGAGUCACUGAUCCAUCUGUCCUCCUUCACAAUCACUGACGCAUCAUCAUGAGCUUUUCCAUGUCUGCAAUCUAAGAAUUCAUCAUGAACCACCUGCUAAAUUUAAAAUAAGGAUGCCCUUAAUCCUAUAUCACUGUAGUCAGCGCCGCUUUAGAAAACCAAACCUAGAGAACAGAGCUUCAUAAAUUGGCUUCCUUGAUUUGAAGAACAACCAUCCUCCAUGGCAUGUUCUCAUGAAAGCCUUUUUCUGUCUUCUUCUGCAUUUUAAUGAUUAAUGUUCCAAAUUUCCUCUCCCUUGGUUGAAUAGAUCUCAGCUCUCAUAUGGAGAGGAGUGCAUAUAUUUGAGGUCUAUUGAAUGAUGUAUCACCGGCCUCGGCUUUUUCAAAGACCAAAGUCUGGAUGAUGUUUUGCAGUUUUAGUUUUCUGUGAAUAUGUCGUCAAAAACUUAAUUUAAAUGUGCUUAAA